CGUCAUUCCGAUUCGAGAACGGAUCGUGUGAAUACGCGUUUUGUUUUAUAUCGUUGUUCCAAACGAUUUUAUACACAUACAGAGUUUUAUAUUUUCCUCUUUAGUUGUUUGAAGUGCAUAGCGAAUCACGGGACAAUCUUUUUUCACGGUGAACGGGAAAAUGUGUUAGAACCGUGAUAUCGCGGACUACCGCAGUCUUAGAACAGUUUGCCGGAUGUUUUCCUUUCGUUGAAUUUUGUGUUUCCAUUCACGUGCUACUAGAAUCAAAUCAAAUUCAACCAAGUGACCAAAACUCGUCCAAAACAGAACGGACAGAAGAAAUCAGUGGUUUCCCGAUUUUUGCAAACACAUAAAGCUACAAAAGUGUCUACCUCAAAAAAAUAUAGAACAGUGUUUUUACCAAGCAAAUCUAAUUCUCGUAAUCAAUAUCCCCGAAUGUUGUGGAAGAAACCUCACGCUAGGAAAAUCGAAUUUUCCCCGCGCACUUGUUGGCCAAGGAACGGCACGAUAUCAUAUGACUCUACUGAAGCGGCUUAUUGAAGUGACAGACAGACGUCGGGUAGACGUCGAGUUGUCAGCCAUCUAACCCGCUCCAUCCCACUGGGCGGGUCGUCGUGGAGGUGGGACCCUCAAGAACAUAGUGAAAAGUGAAAUUUUCCUCUGCCUUCUCGAGAGUUGGCAAGAGCACGCAGACACAGACAUAUCUACGUGAGAGCCGAACAAAAGUGAAAAGGACACGACGUCGGUUCUUAUCGUCGUCGUCGAUGUAGUCGCGGUUGGUCCCGACCGAAUCCUUCGUCGAGUCCAAGUUGAAAGUGAAAACUCUGGAAAACGGGUGGACGGGCGUGAAGUCUUUGGCAGUCAGUGUGCACAAGUGAAUCGGUCGUCGUAGUAAGGCCGAGAAAAUAAUACAAAUGUGAGGAAAAAAAACAUCAUAAAGGAUUACGGCCAUCCUUGUUGACGGGUGUUGGGUAAAAAGCCGGACGGCCUAUUUUCGGAACGUCCGUGUAUGCGUGCGCGAGCGAGUGAAUGUUUUGGGUGACCGCCGGCAAAGCCGGAAGAACGGUGAAAAAAUUAUGAUGAAUGGACACACUUUCCGGUCCUCGAGUGAAACAGCAAAAAGUGUGUCUCCGUGACUCAGGGAUAGUGGAAACAGAAAGCAGUAUUCCAUGGCAAAUCGAAAUGACACAACCAGAAAGUGCUACCGCAGCUCCAACUCGUCGAUACAAUAAUUAGUAAACGUGCUAACGAGGCGCAACCAGAAAGGUGUGAACGCGGCAAUCGAAGUUGAGUGGUGCCCACAAAAAUGCUCCACUUAAUUGGAAAUUUAUCGAAUUGACAUAAUAAAGAACAACAACGGAGUAUAAUUACCGUUAUUUAGGAAAAUGAACACCGCUUUUAAUCAACCCCUAGAAUCAUUAUCUCUAGCCAAUAGUGUUUGUAGUUAAGAAAGAAGAAUGUUGUAGCCAAUUAUUAAAGAGCCUCUACUAGUGAAAAUUUAUCUCUAUCUGUUGAAACACAAAAUUUGUUGUAAACAAUAGUGCAAAGUGUCAGUUCAAAAAACACAAACCCGAAAAAUAAACUUAUUUACAAGAAAACAACACAAGUCCAAUAGAAAAAAUCUAUCAGUGUAUCAAUAGUGCUACGAUCUGCAACAUGAUGAUGUUGCAGCACAUGUCACCCCAUUUUGGGAGUGGCCAACAAACUACCACAGAUCAUCCAGGUCCAGCAUCAUCUCCGCGAUCAGCCACUCCAUCGCCGCCAGUGCAGAGUCCUCCGCCGUCGCCAGCAAUCCACCAGACACAGCUUUCCGAUGAACGAGACUACCCCGUCGAAGUGGAGCCCUCCACAAGAAUAAUGUUCCGCCGAGCUUCGUUCCACGACGAAGUACCACACUACAAACGAGAACCCCGUUCUCGUCCGAGCACUCCGCCAGCAACCUACAUCGGACAUCACGUAAGAGACGCUUCCCCUGAGGUCGCCAAUGCCUACUACCGGCCACGUUCGCAAACACCGCCCAUCACUCCUACGUAUCAGCAUCACAGAAUCACGUCAGUCAUUCAGGAACGCAACAUAAUCCGCUGCAUCAAAGAAGAACGAUCGCCACGCCGUGAAUCGACCGGGGAGGAUCACCAUGUGGCAGCUCAGUAUUACCGCGAUCACCACACCCUUCGCUAUCAGCCACAUCACGGCGCCGAAGAGGAAGACGAAUACGAUCAGGAACGGCGCUACCAUCGCCGAGCGCAGUACGAAGACGAAGCUCCCGAAGAAGAUCGUCACCACCACUACAGCAGCAGCUAUCACCGGCGGCGGUUCUCGGAAAGGCGCGACAGCCUCCAGAACGAUCCGGACUCGGACUACAGCGACAGCCAGGCUGGUGGCGGUGCCAGCGGCGAUACCGACCACUACCCCAAGUCCGACGAGGAAGAAGGAUGCGGCGCCGACGAUCCGGACAGACCGCUGGAUCUGUCGAUGAAGAUCAAGCGGCGGGCGCGGAAGGACUCCGGCGGCAGCGACUCGGACGACUCGGCAGGGCCCGACUCCGAUGGGGUGCACCGCGAUCGGCAGGGCCGACCCUACAAGAAAAGUCUGAUGAAGCGAUAUCUGGACACCGAGAUACCACUACCACCACAGACGCCAAGCCCGCCACCUCAGCAACGAUCUUCGUCACAGUCGCAUCACCUCCUUCACCAUGGCAGCAGUCAUCACCAGCAAUCGUCCAGCAGCCUACUCGCCAGUAGUCUCAGCCAAACGUCCCAACAGCACAGGCCCCUCCUGCACGGACUUCUCAGCGGAACGCACAUAUCUCAGGCGCCCUACCAUAGUCGGGGCUACAGCACGUCCAGCACAGGCGGUCCAAGUGCCGAGGUUGACGAUGACGGUUUCCUGGAAAGCAUCCUCCAUCUGCAUUCGAUGGAGAAGUUCAAGAAAUCGCACAGACUUCUUACCCUGACAAGCUCACUACCUCCAAGUCCCGCCGACAGUGGUGUAUCGGAUGUUGAUAGCUCCAGCAGUGGCGGGCAACCCGCCUGCAGCGAUGAACUCAAAGCCCGGCUCGGAAUUCCACUCAGCAAUGGUGGAUGCCCUGGUACCAGCAGCAACAGCAAUAAUCCCGCCAAUGCCGGCUGCGGUACGGUGUUACCUCCGGGAAGUUCGGGAGGCGGUGGGGGACUUCCGUCGCUCAACAGUUCGUCCUCAUCUACGUCCGGUCCCGCGUCCCUAUCCUCAUCGGUGGCUCUCUCGGCGGCGGCGGCAGCAGCGGCCGCUACCCAGCAACACAUACAACAGCAAGCACAAGCCCACUUACCGCCGGGAACGUUCCUGCGACCCAACUUCUACCAUCACAACUCUCCACCACUCAGGAAUAUCUGGAACCAGCGGAGUGUACCACUUACCGACAACUAUCACUACCUGCACUCGAUGAACGCGGCGGCGGCCGGUUAUCCGACGUCGCACUUCCCCUCGGCAGCGCCUUCGCAGCGGGUGCAGCCCCUGUCGGCCGGUGCCGGCAACGGUGGCCUCAGCGUCAUGAGCCAACAUCACCUGCAUCCGCACCAUCCGCACCCAGGCCAGCAUCCGGGAGCGCACGUGGGGAACGGAUCCGUGGUCGGUGCUAUGGCCAACGGUCUGGUGAACGGACUGCAUCACCACUCGCAGAGCGUGUCGUCCAGCUGUCCGGACGAUUUGUCGUACAUAAUGGAGCUGAACGGAUUUCCGCCACGGAAGCUGAAGAAACCCAAGAAGCCCAAACUGGAGAUGGGUGUCAAGCGCAAGUCGCGGGAGGGCUCCACCACCUACCUGUGGGAGUUCCUGCUGAAGCUGCUCCAGGACCGCGAGUACUGCCCGAGGUUUAUCAAGUGGACCAACAGGGAGAAAGGCGUCUUCAAACUGGUCGACUCCAAGGCCGUCUCAAAACUGUGGGGAAUGCACAAGAACAAGCCGGACAUGAACUACGAAACGAUGGGUCGGGCCCUACGGUAUUACUACCAGCGAGGUAUCUUGGCCAAGGUCGACGGACAACGGCUGGUAUACCAGUUUGUUGACGUGCCGAAGGAUAUUAUCGAAAUUGAUUGCACGGGAACAUAGAACAGGUACGAGAAGCGAUCGGUGGCGGCAUCCUCGCUGUCCCGGUCGUUUCUGGAUCGAUAAUGGAGCAAUCACACAAACACAAUGACACUAGUCCGGUUUCCGGCUGUUGCCCGCGCGGAGCUCGAGCAACAGUCCUUUCCCAUCGCGGUCUAUUUCUGUAAAAAUGAUGAUGAAUCAUGAGAAAAUCUACUACUUCCCCAAAAGUUUUACUUUUCCAAUUUCCGUGUACAUAAAGAUCUUCUUUUAUUUUGGUUUUUAUUGCGAUAUUUAUUUUAACGAGCGUUCUUCUUCAUUUAAGCAUUCUCUGUAUAAUAGGCGGUAACGUUUGUAUAAAGUUAUUUUUCACCCCACUGUAAAUUAUAAUUUAUUUAAGUUAUAAAACAUGAUCAAAACAGAAAAAACGUGAACUAGAAUCAUCCCCCGGAAGGGCACAAAGGGAAGUACUGGGGACAGAAUUAAAAUUGCAAAAAAGAAAAGACAAUAAGAUAAAAUCAGAAAUAGCUAUAGAAAAAGGACCACCUUCCGCUUUGUUUUGUUUGUUUUUAAAAUGAUUGAGGAUUUUUAUGGGGUAACAGUUGAACUUUAAUUCGGCUCAAUACCGGCUCGCCUAAUCCGAGAACACAACAAGAGAGAAGUACAAAUCAAAUACAAACAAAUCAAAAUCAGUUAUGCAUAUAAACCUACGAGUAAAGUUAUCACAUGUGUUGCAACACAACCGUCACAACCUCGCGCUGGCAGUACUAGACCACUGAAGAGAAAAGCAAACAAAAUGAGAAAUCUGGUGGGAGUGGUUCGCUCCUCCCAGACUCCCCGUCCCCAAGAGUGCUCACGUGGACGAGUCUCUAGUACCUCAGUAGCUGGUGAUUGUUUUUUGUAAGCGUGUAAUCCGUGUAAAUGGCUGAAGCGAGAUAUUUUUUCUUUUAUCUAGUUUUUAUUAUUUAAGGGUUAACAUAAGGGCAGAACGCAGCAAUUGUACUACUGAGGAUGUAAAUUUCCAUGUAAAUUUUUUGUACUAGAUCUUAAGGGCUACGUUUUAGGUUAUUUUUUACUUUAGUGAGCUGUUACAUGUAAUCAGCUAUGUAAUCAAGUGUAAAUAUAUAUUUUAUAAUUAAGUAAAAGUAUUUCAGUUAUAAAUGAGGUUUGCUUUCUUUUGUUAACCUACUUUCUCUAUUGUUAGACGAUAAACCGCUAUUUUAUGUUCUUAUUUUUAAAGUUGAAUUACCUAUUUUUAUCAAAGAAAAAAACAACUCACUGCCCUUCCCGUGUCGUAAGUGCUGUUUUACUACUAUCGAUUUGUGUUUUUUAUGAAUACUUUUAAAACUUAAGCCUUCGUUCUUGUAUAAAUUGUAAGAAAGGAGAGAAUGUUUGUCCAAACGACAAGGUGAUAUAAAAGAAAAACGGAAAAUCAAAAAGAGCUAGGAAAGAAGCAGAAUCAUACCGCAAAUAUCAAGACACAAACCACACUCAUUCAAAGCGAAACACACACACACACACUCACACAAAUAUACAAAAUCGACAAGAAUUUUGAAAGAGAAUAAAUGAAGUUUCUUUAAAAUCUUGAUCUCAUUAAUUUAUUGUUUAUUGAUGCAAACAAAAACUGUUUUUUGAAACGGAAAUUUUUUAUGGUUUUCUCCCAUUAAGUGUAAAUAUGCUUGGUAAUUGAGUUUUUUAAUAUGAUUUUUAUAUUGUUUACGUGUUACCUAAUGUGAUCCAUGGGGCUUGAUGAGCUAACUGGCAGAAAGUUCAAACACCAUGCGAGUUGAAGUACUAGAUUAUAAGGAGUCAAACAUGAUGCCUACCAAUAUAAUCCCUAUGACACUGCCACCUUUGUCUUUGUUUAUAAAAAAGUAAUCUAUAAUCAAAGGAGAGUGAGAUGAUUGAAAUAAACACUUUAUUUUGAAUAAUUUAAUCAAAAUUUAACUCACCUUGAAUGAUCUCCUCUUCAAUUUAGUACUUCUGUCGCACUGCCAAUAAUUGCACCCAACCCCCCGAAUUCGGCUACUUCUCGUGCUAUCGAGCUUCUCCUGAAGCUACAAAAUUCCAACGCACAUGAACACCUGCGCGCCCCCACUAUUUACUCUUGACUGCCUGUUCCCUCUUUGGAUUUUGGAUGAACCUGACGCGACAUAAAGUAAUAAACACAAAUGCAAUCUUCUUUAGUUUCCAAGUGUAAAAUGAUAAAAAAGUAGAAUAAAUAUUUAAAACUACAAACUAACAGUGUAAAACAAAUGUGCAAUGAACCAAACUCCCGGUAGUGACGGUGACCAACCCUCCAGAACGGAUGCAGAAAUCGAGUACCAUUUAAAAAAAAUUCCCAUGUUUCUGAACAAAUGACUUCAGGAAACAAACACAAAACAAAAUCAAAACAUGUAAAUCAUGCAAAGUACUAGAUUUUUAGAACUAAUUAAAACUAAAUGCCGGACAAGGAGGCUCUGUUGACUGGGAGUCCGAUCGCAAUGGAACAAAUUUUCAUCAUACCGUGUAGCAGUAAAGCAAAAAUGUUAAGAAAAAGUGAGACACACACAGCAACAAGAAUUAAUUUUUCGAAUGAUAAGUUAGAUGAUGAUCAUUUACUGAGAUGGGUGUGAAUCGAGAAACGUGUAGAAAAAAAAAACAACAACGCGAGCAGCAGCGAAGAGAAAAGGCUAAGGCGAAAUAUGGAGAAACACACAGAAAGUUAGACAGACAGACACACAGCUCUAGAAAUCAUUUGUUAUGUGUAUUAUACUUUGAAUGUUGCAAAUUUUAUAUAUAAAAUUUAUAAAGCUAGGAAAAAACGAAAAUAAAAAUCAUAUAAUUUAAUUUGAUGAAAAAACA